CCAGAACGGAGGCAUUGGGAAUGAACGGACAAGUGAGGCUGGAUUGGACCCCGAAGACUGGGAGUGGAGACAUCGAGUUCUUCUUCGUUGCUCCAAGCACGGGAUGGAUCGGAAUGGGUUUCUCCCCCAACGGCGAAAUGAAUGGGGCCGACAUGGUCAUCGGAGGAGUCAGGAACGGAUCUCCCUAUUUUAACGAUCGUUAUUCCGCUUCGAACACCCUUCCUGUCGUGGACAAGCAGCAGAAUUACCAAUUGAUCAGCGGGGCGGAGAACGGGACCCACACUUGGCUUCGCUUCUCUCGCAAGAUCGACACCACGGAUGCGUCGCAGGAUUAUCAAAUCACGAAUGAGCCGGUGGAGGUGAUUUGGGCGUAUGGAGAUAAAGACCCUGGGACCGGGGAGGAACCGGCCUAUCACGGGCGCCAGCGAGGGGGACGCACCUUGUCCCUCCUCGAUGCAACCGGGAACGUCGGUCCGACUUCUUCACCGCCGAAGGGCGGAAGGAAACCCAAGCAUUCGUCGGAGGAAUCGUCGAACGAUUCGUCGGAGGAGGGCAGGGGUUGACCUCCCCGGGCCUCAAAGAUGGAGGGGGGUCACGCCGUCGUUUCGUUCCCGAGCCACAUCCUUCAUUACGGUCUCCUUGCUUUCACUGCAUGCAUUUUCGCGGAUUCUCGGUCGUGACUUCACACUGGCAUUUUUCGUCUCCCUCGACUCCGUCACGAAUGAAGUUGCACGUUCCGAUCGAAUACUUCCCGGCAAAGUUUUAUUUCUGGUAAAUGAAACACCUGCUGGAGAAUCCAGAUUACCGGCAGAUCACACGCACGAACGUUUCCCAAAAGAAAACUGGAGAAAAUUGCCGAAAAAUAAUCGAAUUCGAGAUAUGAGGUCGGCAUGCCAAGCAUCGGUUUAUGACCCCACCGAUGAUUCUUGGCACGUGCGCUUAAGGUUGAGGAAAAUCGGAU